AGUAGGUAUCUCGUUCCGCGUACCGGAAGUAAAACUUCACACACACGUGAAAAUGGCUGAAGCAAUGAGAGCAAAUGUAGCGGCCUUAUUGAAAGGAAUUGACAGAUACAAUCCUGAGAAUCUUCAAACUCUGGAGAAGUAUAUAGCAGCCCAGGCACAGGAGAAUACAUAUGAUCUCGAGGCUAACCUAGCUGUUCUCAAAUUAUACCAGUUCAACCCAAAUCACUAUCAGCCAAGCGUAGCUGCUCAGAUCCUGCUGAAAGCCCUCACCAACCUCCCACACACCGACUUUACAUUGUGUAAAUGUCUGAUAGAGUCAGGAAAGCAUGAGGAAGAGGCUAUUGUGCCUGUCAUACAUUUAGCAGAUCUGUUGGAAACCUGUCAAUUUCAUGAAUUCUGGAAAGAGUUGAAAUCCAACCCUUUAGUAACAUCAAACAUAAAAGGAUUUGAUGACUCAAUACGAAAAUUCGUGUGUCAUGUGAUCGGAGCGACCUACCAGACGAUACCAGUCCACACCCUAAUGGAGCUGUUAGGUGACGUCACAGAGGACCAAGUACGACAGUGGAUCAACAAGUACGGAUGGACGCUGCAGAAUGAUGGCAACGUAUUCAUCCUGAACCAAGAAGAAAACGUCAAAACGAAAAACAUCACGGAAAAAAUUACAUUUGAAAGUGUAUCUGGAAUCAUGGCCACUAGUCGAUGAUGUGUGACAGAGAAUUCAACUGUACAUACAAACAAAAACACUUGUUGCAGCUGUAUUUAUUCUUUUUUGAGGACACGUAUCAUCCAUGUCUUCAGAACUUAGUCUGUGAUGCUGGGUAUAAAAACAGAAAGAAAGACCUAGAUUUUAUAGACUUGAACUGGAAUCUAAACAAAAAUACAGAAACAUAGCAGUUCAUUCAGACUAAUAAAUUACCAUCAUUUAACGA